GUCAUGGAGGUUUUGCUCAAAGACACCAAAGGUGUGUCACCCGAGACCAUCAUCUCCAUCAGAGCAGGCUCCACACGUCGCCAGGUGCCAGUGUCUCUGGCAGACAAGCCAUUUAAGUUCCCAUGUCAGCUGUCGGAGUGUGGGGCCAUCAAGGUCGACUUCAUGACUGUCACGGCAUCGGCACGGGCCAUUCUCCGACCCGAAGGCGAGCAGGAUGUCCAACUGAAAAUGGUCAAGAAAAGCUCUUCUGAGGAGGCUGUGCCUGCUGAAGAGGCAGAGGUCUCCUUGCUGGUGCGAAGCUCAUCAGGAGAGGGGGCUUCAACAGCAGUGUCUGCGGAGGAACGUGCUGCAAAGAAGCGGGGUUUGGCAAGUGCAACAGAGGAGUAUCUUUCAAAGCAUGGGGUGCUCACCUUCAUUCAGGGUGUGCUGCAAGGUGUCAUCCGAGACAGGCCCGAAGAUCCCUACAAGUACGUUGCAGAUCAGUUUGCCUCGGCCUCCGUCUCGAAGGCUCCGACUCCGACCUUGGAGGAGAUGCGACAGACAGCCCAAGAUGCGCUUCUACAGGGGGCGAAAUCCGGCAAGCUGCUGGAGGUCCUUCGCGAGAGCACUCCCAAAGCCUCCAGCCCGAAGGCAGAUGGAGCAGAGGUGGAGGCUUCUGUUGAGGAGCUGCGGCAGCUAGCCAGGGAUGCCUUAUUGAGAGGUGCGCAGUCGGGCAAACUCUUUGAUGUGCUGGCUGAGAGCAGCGCCAAGAAAGAGCAAGCAAACAAGAAAGAAGACGCAGAUCUAGACAGGUUGCGGCUUCAGGCGCGUGACUUGCUGUUGGAAGGCGCUCAGAGCGGAAAGUUAUGGGAGGUCUUGCAAGGCACGGCUCUACAGGAGUCAGCCGAGUCAUCAGACGACGUGGACAA